UGUUCACCCGAAUUACGUUGCUUCAUAAAAUAUCAAUCCCACAUUUUUCUUUGGUUCUUGUUUUCCUUGUCUGAGUUUUCUUGCAUGCAAAACAGAGCACGCAUUGGCUCUGUUCAUUGUUGAAGAGAUUUUAUCAUUGGAAGGUGAAAGAUUGGACGGCACAGAGUUUUUCUAUUACAGUAGAAAGAGAUUAUCAAAAAGAGGGAGGAGUUUUGGGGGGAAAAAUGAUGUCUGAGUUUGGACUGAGAAUGGGAUCCAUAAUGGUGUUGUUGUUUGGUUUUGCAUCGGCUUUUGUGAUUGUUUCGGCGGAAAAAAGGGUUAUGGGAAUGGAAAUGGCAAGAUUUAAUGUUACCCAAGAGCCUGAACACAGUUUCCUCAACAGAGCUGUGAAUUUCUUAUGGCAAUCGGGGGAAUCGGGUUAUCAACACGUAUGGCCGGAUAUGGAAUUUGGGUGGCAAAUUGUUCUGGGUAGUUUUAUUGGUUUUUGUGGAGCGGCAUUUGGAAGUGUAGGUGGUGUUGGUGGCGGUGGCAUAUUCGUUCCUAUGCUUAGCCUCAUCAUUGGGUUUGAUCCAAAAUCAUCCACAGCUAUCUCAAAAUGUAUGAUCAUGGGCGCAGCUGCGUCAACUGUUUACUACAACCUUAAGCUAAGGCAUCCUACGUUGAAUAUGCCCAUCAUUGACUACGAUUUGGCACUUCUCAUUCAACCAAUGCUUAUGCUUGGUAUCAGCAUUGGAGUGGCCUUCAACGUUGUAUUUCCUGAUUGGAUGGUGACUAUAUUGCUUAUUGUUCUCUUUUUCGGCACAUCAACGAAAGCAUUCUUUAAGGGGGUUGAAACAUGGAAAAAGGAAACCAUAAUGAAAAAGGAGGCGGCUGCUAGGCGACAAGAGUCAACUGGUUCUGGGGCUGAAAUAGAAUACAAACCUCUUCCCAGUGGACCAAAUGGUGGCACAGAAAAGGCCACCAAGGAACAUGAGGUGACUAUUCUUGAAAAUGUAUACUGGAAGGAGUUUGGACUUCUUGCAUUUGUUUGGAUUUCAUUCCUUGCUGUACAGAUUGCCAAGGAAUACUAUACAACUACUUGUUCCACAGCAUAUUGGGUACUGAACUUGUUACAGAUUCCAGUCGCAGUUGGAGUAACUUCGUAUGAGGCAGCUGCCUUGUUCAGUGGACGUAGAGUAAUUGCUUCCACGGGAAAUCAAGGGAAAGAUUUCACUGUUCUCCAGCUAGUUAUCUAUUGUAUCUUUGGCUUACUGGCUGGAGUAGUUGGGGGCUUGCUGGGACUAGGAGGAGGUUUUGUUAUGGGUCCACUUUUUCUAGAACUGGGAGUCCCACCUCAGGUGUCCAGCGCCACAGCCACCUUUGCCAUGGCCUUCUCCUCAUCUAUGUCUGUGAUAGAAUACUACUUGCUGAAACGUUUUCCAGUUCCUUAUGCUGUUUACUUUACCCUGGUGGCUACUAUUGCAGCCCUGGUUGGACAACAUAUUGUGAGAAAGCUGAUCAUCUUAUUCGGAAGAGCAUCCCUUAUCAUCUUCAUUCUGGCCUCUACAAUAUUUGUUAGUGCAAUCUCACUAGGGGGAGUUGGCAUUUCAAAUAUGGUGCACAAGAUUCAGAAUCAUGAGUAUAUGGGAUUUGAGAAUAUCUGCAAGUACGGGUCAUAGCACAUUCUCGAAGAUUAUUUUGUCGUGUUUACAUUAUCCAUGUUCCGUACCAAAGCCUGGAGCGAAAGGUCGCCAAAAUUGACUUCUGCUUCGUGCCGAGGCUUCUAUCCUGUUAGAAAGGGUCAUUUUUUAUUGUUGCCAUGUCAUGGACUGAUUCCAUAGGAAAUUCAGAAACUGAAUUAUAUUCCGUAUAUUCUUUGUGUUCAAGCUUUUCUAUCAUCUAGUUUUUUUAAUGAAAAUU